AGGCUCGGCGCGGUGCCUUGAGCGCGAUAAUUUUGUUUAGCACUGCAUUGGCAGACAAGGGCAAGGGGUGUUUGCUUCGUUUGUUUUGGUUGCGGAGUUGUGCUUUCAGCUUUUUCAGAAGAUAACUAAGCAAGCAAGAUGGCUGUUGAUAACUCCCUGGUGGAGAAGUCCAUGAGAUCAGUGUUUGUCGGUAACAUACCGUACGAGGUGACCGAGAAGAAGCUGAAGGAGAUCUUCAGCCAGGUGGGCCCCGUGCUGUCGUUUCGCAUGAUGAACGACCGGGCGACGGGCAAGCCGAAGGGUUACGGGUUCUGCGAGUACCGCGACCCGGAGACAGCGCUCAGCGCCAUGCGCAACCUGAACGGCGUCGAGCUCUCUGGCCGACAGCUGCGCGUCGACAAUGCCUGCACGGAGAAGAGCCGCAUGGAGAUGCAGACGCUCAUGCAGGGCCCGGCCAGCGAGAGCCCCUACGGCGAGGAGGUGGACCCGCCGCAGGCGCCCGAGGCCAUCAGCAAGGCGGUGGCCUCGCUGCCGCCCGAGCAGAUGUUCGAGCUGAUGAAGCAGAUGAAGCUGUGCAUCCAGAACAACCCGACCGAGGCGCGCACCAUGCUGCUGCAGAACCCGCAGCUGGCGUACGCGCUGCUGCAGGCGCAGGUGGUGAUGCGCAUCAUCGAUCCGCAGACGGCCGCCACGAUGCUGCACAAGUCCCAGCCGGCGCCGCAGCCGCCGGCCAAGGACGGCCCGUUCGGACCGCUGGUCGGAGGUCAGGACGUGGACUUCCGCCAGGCGGCGACGGCCGGCCCGCCGGUGGCGCCCUCUGGGGCUGACCUCGACAUGCGCAAGCUGGACCCGCGCGCCAGCGGCCGCCACGGCGACCAGGACCUGCGGCUGCCGCCGCGCGACGGCGCGCGCGGCGGCCCGCCGCCCGGCCACAGGGGGGACCUGGACCUCCGCUCCGGCGACCGGGACAUGCGCGGACCGCCGCCGCAGGACUUCGACGCCAGGUCGGCGCCGGCGCCGGUGCCGGCACCGACCCGCGACCCGCGCGAGUCGCGCGACCCCCGCGACCCGCGCGCCGCCGCCCCGCCGGCCAGCGGCGACCGUGACAUGCGAGGCCCUGCCGCGGCCGGUGCCGGCGGCCGCGGCGGACCCGACCUGGGUAAUAUCAGUCUGCCAGCUAACCUGGCCGGCGGCGACCAGGAGAAGGCGGCGCUGAUCAUGCAAGUGCUGCAGCUGUCGGACGAGCAGAUCGCCAUGCUGCCGCCAGAGCAGCGUCAGAGCAUCAUGGUGUUGAAGGAGCAAAUCUCCAAGUCGGCCCGAUAGGCGGCGCCGCCGCCGCUCCGGUGUCUGUGUGCGCGUGUGUGUGGACUUCUGAGUGAGCCGGGACUCGCUGUGCCAGCGGGAGGCUGGCCUUGACCCGCCUGAGGACCCGGACUCGGCGGAAACGGGCGGCUGGCGGCUGUCGGCUGCUCUCCUGGCGCUGCCACAGCUGACCGCUGACCUCCCUGGUGACUUGUUGAUCCUGUGCGACUGUCGUCGCCGGCCGGCGCGAGAUCGCGCCGGUGGUCGCUGAGUGGCCGUGAAUCGCCAGGAUGGCUCGCGUUCUGUGUUCGCGGUCCGAGGGGCAGACAAGCAGGCUUCACCGCUGUCCAUGGCCGUGUGUUGGUGACUGAACGUGCAAGGCUCCGCAAACUAUGCGCGCGGCGCCUUAGCGAAUACAAGCUCUUUAGUGGUA